AUGCCUCUGCGAACCCCAUCUCCACCAGCUCCCGCUGAAAGGGAUACCUCCGAACAACUUCUCUUCGAAGCUGCUGUUGGAUCCAUCCACCACGAUCCCAACACGUUGACCAGAUUGCGAGCCACAAGUUUGUUUGAUUUUCUUAUUUCCAAACUAAUUUAAAAUACAUGAAAUGAUUCCAACCUUUUUUCGUUCAAAUUUAUUAAAAUAAUUUUUGAUACUGCAGCUGUUGGUUAAUAAAGACUUUAGGUCUGAGAAUUGUAGGUAACAUUGAUCAGAAAUGUUUCCAAGAAAUCACUGCAAGAUUGCAGUGAAAGAUGUAUAUCAAUUUUCUCAAAAACUCACAUAUCCUUUUAAAAUGUUUGACAUGAAAGCGCUGAGUUUAGAUUAUCGAAUGAUAUAAUGACUGAAAAAGAGCUCCUUUGGUCUCAAACCUAAAAUAUGACUUUACAUUUUUAGGGUAUAUUUUUCCUCUCAACUUUCUUUAGCCGAUUUUCGUAUUUCGAAAACUCUUUCUUACAGUGACAACGGCGCAGCGCCAGAUGUUCGACGACUUAGCGUUUCCGGUUGAAGAGCAAACCGUCUCACCUGGUAAGUUUAGUUUGUCCUCUCAAAUCCUUGUUCUGUAAUCAAAUCGCUAGAUUUUCAGAUCUAUUGGACCACUUCUUACGGCCAGUUUCUCCCGUAAGAUCACCGUCUUAUUCUUCGCCGGACAGGAACAACAAUCGCAGGUCGCAGCGAGUCAACACCGAAACAACGGUGAGUUGAAAAUUUGGAUGCUUGAAAAUGUAAACACUACUUUUUUACAAAACGAAACAUUUUCAGGUUUUUAGGGUUGUCCUUUAUUAAUAGUAUCAUCAUUACAGUGCGGACACUGCAGGAACCUCGGUAUGACUGACUGGCAGACACACAGCCGGUUCCGCUGCAGGAGGCUGCAGGACCUGGCCCCGUGCAGAACUUGCGGGGCCAGUAAUGAAAACAACCACACGGCGUCGUGAGUUUUCCAGUCCAGUGGAUGUAUUAAAACUAGUAUGGAGGAAAAAAACCUAUGAAUGUUGAGAUUCUAGUCUACGACGUUUACUUUCAAAUGAUUUUUUUUCGAGCUCAACUUUGUUUCAGGUAGAAAAACGAAAAACAUCUGGAAAAUAAUAACCCAAACUAGCGUAGAAAAACCUUAGGACUGGCGAAGAACAUGCACGAGGAAGAACCGUCUGAACGAUUUCAAGUUCUAAUUGAAAUACUUCGUUACAGCCACUGCCCGAGGCAGCUACCGACGGAGCUGGUCCUGAGAGAGACUUCCGCCAACGUCGUCGUGCAGCGGGAGCGCGAGAUUCGCGAUGAAAUCUCGGAGAACAACCAGCAAAUGUACGAAAACACGCCCAACUCUGGAAGCUUUGCCAACAGCCGUAAAGACAACAAAUAA